AUGCAGGACAUCGUGGGUGAGGCAGGUGGGCAUGCAUGUUCGGCUGUUGCAAUGCGUGUGUGUUUCCCGUUUCCUGCACCUUUGAUUUUGGUUUCUUUGAAAUCUUGCGCUUCGCGCGUCUGGCGCUUCGCGCCCUCCCCUGCGGUGGCUCCUUCGGGGCCCCUAGGGUUGGCCCUUGAGGCCCUGGGGCCAACGGGCUCCGUGGGCCUCGGGCUCCUUUUUGCCUUCAUAGGCCCCGCAGCUCACAGCUCACACAAAAGCACGAAUUGCUUCUCAGAGGCCUACGAGAGACUGACCACGACAUCCCAAGGCUUCAUUACGAACGAUGACGUGGGCAGCUUCGAACGCCAGAGCUCCCAGUACGAACGCUGGCGUCCAGAGCUUUGA